AUGUAUCCUGAAGACUAUGAAGUUAAAUGUGAAAGAUUGAUUAGGCAGUGGAUAGCUGAAGACUUUGGAAGAAGUUGCACAACAGUAGUUGAUCAGUAUAAGUUUGGUGCAAGUAUAUUUUCAUUAACCGUAGAUGGCAAAGUUGGAGGAUGUCGUGUUCAUGACUCAAUACAUGGAAUGAUCCUUGGGAAGCUCAAGGAUACAGGGUUUUCUCAUGAUAUUGCUGAGCAUAAUCAGUUGGUGUCAAGUGGAAGUAUCGAAAGAUCACACAUGCCAAAGGAGAUUAGCAAGCUUAGAAAGCUACAUCAUCUUCUGGCUAACAGAAUAUCUUCCAAUUCUCUGAAGGAUAGUCUUGGAGGCAUGGCAUCCUUGGAAAAGAUAUGA